AUGGGAGCUCUUCCCCGCCGACUGGGCCAAGGCUGGCGCUGUGCGGUCGUUCUGACACUGCUAUGUGGUCUAACUGCUGCUACAUCGUAUCGAUCAAGCUCAAGUGGCAGCGGAAGCGCUUUCGUGGAGUUUUCCGUUGGCGAUGGCUCCGGGAGUAUAUCCCACCACCAGCACGCUGCUGGACCUGCAUCAAGCUCCGACGCCACUGUCGAGAUUCGCUUCCCUACAGAUCCUGGCACGGGGAGCGCUGGUACUGAAAUCGUCGCUGGUGUUGCUUCAGGUGAUGGAAGUCUGGACAAGGUUGAGAUCAUGGCUUACCCCCUGGUGACGGAGCCUUUGCUGGUGCUGUCAGCGACGAAAGCGAGUGCCGUGGCACCAAGUGGAUUAACAGCUCAGGAAGAGACGGCCAGUAGUGCAGCAUCUGAAGUUGUGGUGGGCUCAUCGUCGCACGACGCACCAAUUCCAACUGAGCCGGCUGAGGAGAUGCAUGGUGUCCCGUCCAAUCCGACCCUCGUGAAUGCCGUCGCGUUUGAUGGACGCGCUGCUGUGACUUGGAAGGCGCCGGAUGACGAUGGUCUGGACUCUAUUACCGCGUACGAAGUGGGUUGGUUUGAUGAGGAAGACAACGUUCUGGUGGGGACUCAAAGGGUUACCUCGGCUUCUGUAAACGUUGUCAACCACGCUGGAAACACAAGCGUCUCAACUGGUGCCGUGGAGUCAGUGCCAACGUCGACAGUUGUGGAGCCACUGGUGAAUGGACGUUCGUAUACCUUUAAAGUGCGUGCACACAACGUGAACGGAUUCUCAGUGUGGUCUGCCAAGUCGUUAGCGGUGAGUCCGCUCCACCCGCCUGAUUUGUGUGAACGACUCUCGUGCUCCGGCCAUGGCACGUGUUUCCCCAAUUACCACAACGAGAAGUCUCCCAAACAUCGUCAAAUGCGUGCUCUAUCUUCUCACUUGAAAGCCAGCAACACUGCUAUCGACGAGUACUCUUUGGACGCUGUAUGCAUUUGCCGACCGGGAUAUGGUCCUCCAGAUUGCAGUGCGAAGACGAGUGAGGAUGGGGCGCAAUAUGUCUGGAGAGCUACAGAAUGGAGUGAAUGUGAUAGUGGUUGCGGUGGCGGGAGGCGGACGCGUGAUGCGGUGUGCUUUGACCUUUCGACUAACGAGAAGGCCCCGUCGGAGGAGUUUUGUACGGACACCAAGCCGUCUGUCACCGAUAUCUGCAACGGGAUUGAAUGCGGUUCGAAACGGGUAGUCGUGAAGUACGAAGUUGAAAUGAGCUACGAUGAGGUGCUUUUCUCACCUACAGCUGUGGAAGCAUUCGAAUUUGCUUUCACCACCGAGGUCGCUUCUGCGCUACAAAUUCCGCGCUCACGACUGGAAAUUACGGCGCUUGAACGCGGCAGCAUCGUUGUUUUCUUCCAAAUUCUCCCGGCAUCUCGGGUAGGCGAGAAGUCGCUGAAUGACAUCGUCGAAAACUUGCAAGACCAGUUAGGCAACGAAACGAGUAUCUUACGGUCCAUGGGCACGUUUGCUCGUCGUAUUGAGCCGAACGGUGCGAAAUUAAGCUUCUCCAUUGCUGAUCAAACUGUUGCAGGGGGUGCCGAAGACAUCUCUGUCGCUGGCCUCGUCGGAACAAUGCUCGUGCUGGGCUUUUUCGUGUCGAUGUUCGGUUGGUUUUUGCGGCGCCGUCACUACCGUCUUCUCAAAGAUGAAGAACGAAACGAGGGCGCAUUCGAUUCUGAUGCUAGUGAAAUGGAAAAAUCAGGAACCGGUAUGAAGCGCAUGAACAUUAAGAGCAUGUCAUAG